AUGCAAUUUAAGAAGAUUUUGGCUGUCUCUGCCUUUGCAGGAAUCGCAUUAGGUGCCAACAACUCCACUUUAACAAGUGCCACUCCAUCUGUUGGCAAGUCUUGUUCUUUCAAGCUGUACACAGCUACCAACACACAACAAAUAGCUGAAGUCGCUGCUUGUGCUACUGCUGUAGGUGACAUUACAAUUAACGGUGACGGAUUUUCCGACAUUGAAUUAAGUGGUGUCGAGCAAAUUUACGGUAACUUGGUUGUUAACAAUGCAAGUGAUGUUCAAACUUUCAAUGCUCCAACCUUACAAUUGGUUUCUGAAUCAUUUGAACUUAACCAGAACACCAUUUUGUCCACCUUGAACUUGGCUCAAUUGACCACUGUUGGUUCUUUGACUCUUAAUGCUUUACCAAACUUGGAAAAGGCCGGUUUAACUUCUGGUAUCACUACUGCUGAUUCAGUUAUCAUUUCAAACACUGGUUUGACUUCCUUGGAAGGUAUCAACGUUUACAAGUUGAAGACUUUUAAUGUUAACAACAACGAUGACAUUGAAAGUAUUGAUUCUGGUUUACGUUCUGUUACUGAUGAAUUAUACAUCUCUUACAAUGCUGAUAAAGUUGAUCUUAAAUUCGACCAAUUGACUUCCGCAAAGUCGAUCAGUUUGCAAUCUGUCAGCUCUUUCUCAGCUCCAAACUUGACUGAAGUCAGUGGUUCCCUUUACCUUAUUUCAUCAACUGUUGACAAGUUUGAACUUGAGAAUUUGAAAUCUGUCGGUAAUUCUUUGGUUAUCAACAAGAACGAUGACUUGGAAGAAAUAGAUUUCCCUAAGUUGACUAAGAUUGGUGGUGCUCUUCAGAUUUCUGACAACGAGAAGUUCGAGUCUCUCGAUGGUCUUGACAAGCUUCAAACCGUCGGUGGUUCAUUAGUUGUCAACGGUUCGUUUAACAACGGUAGUCUCGAUUCCUUACAAAAGGUUUCUGGUGGAUUUAACUUUAAGACUGAUGGUGAUUUGUCAUGUAAAGCAUUCGACAAGUUGCACCUGAACGGUGACAUCAAGGGUAAAUACUCAUGUUCAACCAACUUCAAGUCCUCAUCUUCUAAGAAGGGUCUGUCUAGCUCUUCAUCUGGAAGUUCAUCAUCAUCUGAAACUGGUUCAUCCGCAGAUAGCUCUAGCUCUAGCUCCAGCUCCAGCUCUUCAAGCAAGAGCAACGGUGCUACUUCUGCAGCUUCCGUUAAGUUCGGUACUAUUGUUUUGGGAUUGAUCACAGUUGGUGUUGCUUUGUAUUAA